GAGAGAGAGAAGAAUUGAUUCAGAGCAGAAUAACUCAUUCUGGGUUAGCAUCUGACUGUGAUGCCAAUGCGUGAAGCCUGAGGUACUGCAACCUCUGUAGACCUUGAACAGAAAACCAAUAUCCCAAGAUGCAGUGGUGCAAGUGGGCUGGGAACUGGAGGUCACAUUUGCCAAGACAGUCUGCAGAGCCAGAUGUUGAGGACUCCUUUGACUUUCUUUUUAAAAUCGUCCUGGUCGGGGACUCGGAUGUUGGAAAGACCUGUAUGGUGCAGCGGUUCAAGUCGGGUAUAUUCAUAGAGAAGCAGCAGAACACCAUCGGGGUCGACUUCACUGUUCGAACCCUGGACAUUGAUGGAAAAAAAGUGAAGAUGCAGGUGUGGGACACUGCCGGACAGGAGCGUUUCCGCACCAUAACACAGAGCUACUACCGCAGUGCCCACGGAGCCAUGGUGGCUUAUGAUAUCAGCCGCCGCAGCACAUUCGAAUCUGUUCCCCACUGGAUCAGGGAGGUGGAGCAGUACGGAGCAGCCAGCGUGGUAGUGAUACUUAUUGGUAACAAGUCGGACCUCCACGCUCAGAGACAGGUGCUGUUCGAGGACGCGUGCACGCUGGCCGAAAAGAACAGCCUACUGGCCGCUCUGGAGACGUCAGCUAAGGAGGCCCAGAACAUAGACGCCGCCUUCAUCCUCAUGGCUCGGGAGCUGCUGGCACGCAACGGCAUGACCAUCGCUGGGCAGAACUCUCAUUGCCCUUCCCAGUUCAUGCUGAGCGACAGCUCGCACCCAAUUCAAGCCACCGUUUCUGACGAUAAAAAGUGUGGGUGCUGAACAGACUUGGCCAGAUUUAGCAUUUAAUACAUGGACCUAAGAGGGCCUAAUGGAUUCAUUGUCCAAACAGGACACGUUUCUUUAAAGACAAUAUUUGCAUAUUGUGUUUUACUUGUGUGACAAAAGGGUUUUGUACAUUUUCUUAUUAUAGUAUUUAUAAUUGAUUUGUACUAUGUAAUAGGUUUGUAGUAUUCCUUUGGGGGGGUUAACUGCUGUAAAUGUGAUAAGACACAGCUUUGCUCUAGGACUCUGUACUAACACAUCACCACAGUAAACACAAUUCCAUCUUC